ACAGACACCACGGACAUGUGGUUACUCGUCUGCCUUUACUUUUUGGGUUUCUUGUUCAAUUUUUCCAUAACCGAUGCGACUGAAAUUUACUACCUGAAUCACAGUUGUUCAAGCAACAAAACCUUCGCUCCAAACAGCACCUACGAAUCCAAUCUCCGAACCCUCCUCCCGUCCCUAUCUUCCCAUGCCACCACUGCACUAUUCUUCAACACCACAUCGGAUGGUGGAGACGGCAAGGAAAUCAUUUACGCCUCCUUCAUGUGCCGUGGCGAUGUCACCAACCACACGUGCCAAGAGUGCAUCAGAACUGCAGCCCAACAAAUAUCUCAAGUGUGUCCCAACUCCAAAGAGGCCUUAAUUUGGUACCACGAAUGCUUGGUUCGUUAUUCGAACCGUUGUUUUUUCUCCACCUUGGAAGAGUGGCCAAGAUUCAACUUCAUUGAUUACAACGUAACGAAUUCAACGAACGAGAAGGGAAGUUAUGGGUUCUGGUUGUUAUCGAAAACGUUGAGUGAUGCUGUGGGUGAGGCAGCGAACGCUGGUCCCGCGGGCACCAUGAAAUUUGCAACAAAAAACGCUUCCGUGUUUGGGUCCCAGCAAAUUCAUACUCUGGUUCAAUGCACGCCAGAUCUAUCAAGCGAAGAUUGCAGUGAGUGUUUGGGUGAUAUUAUGAAAGAUAUUUCUUUGUGUUGUCUCGGAAGGAUCGGUGGAAUGGUUCUAUAUCCCAGCUGCACUUUGAUGUUUGGGUCCAGACAUUUCUACAGAGACGUUAUCGUUGCUUCGAAUGCCACACAAGAAUCAUUACCUUCAGGAAAUAAAAUGAUUUCACCUGGAGGAAUUGUUACGGUUGUCAUCUUUCUUGGCUUCACAAUGCUAAUCUCUUUUCACUGUUAUUUCUUAUGGAGAAGAGCAAGAAAGCGCAAGUAUAAGGUUCUUUUGAAAGAAAACUUUGGUCAAGAAAGUGUCACUCUAGAAGGAUUACAAUUUGAUUUGGUCACAAUUCAAGCGGCAACAAAUAACUUUUCAAAUGAAAACAAGAUUGGAAAAGGUGGAUUUGGAGAAGUUUACAAGGGCAUCUUAUCUUCUGGACUACAUAUAGCAGUAAAAAGAUUAUCACAAAGUUCUACACAAGGUUCCGUUGAAUUUAAGAAUGAAGUUUUAUUAAUAGCCAAAUUACAACACAAAAACCUCGUGGAGCUAAUAGGCUUUUGUCUAGAGGCACAAGAAAAGAUACUUGUAUACAAAUUCAUGCAGAAUGGGAGUCUUGAUAAAUUUCUCUUUGGUCAUCAACAAAAAAUGUUGAGCUGGUAUGAACGUUUCAAAAUUAUAGAAGGAAUUGCUCGAGGAAUUCUUUAUUUACAUGAACAUUCUCGACUUAAAGUUAUACAUCGUGAUAUCAAACCUAGUAAUAUUUUAUUAGAUGAAAAUAUGAAUCCUAAAAUCUCAGAUUUUGGUAUGGCUAGAAUUAUGGAAAUAGACCAAGAUCGUGGAAAGACCAAACGUAUAGUUGGAACAUAUGGUUAUAUGUCACCAGAAUAUGCAAUGUUUGGACAAUUUUCUGAAAAAUCAGAUAUUUUUAGUUUUGGAGUUAUGGUUUUGGAGAUUAUUACAGGAAAAAAGAACACAAGUUCUCAUGAAUCACGUUACAUGCCAAAUGGACUCAUGAGCUAUGUUUGGAGAAAAUGGAUGGAUGAAACACCAUUGAGCAUAUUAGACCCGUUUUUGGAAGAAAAUUAUUCUAGAAUUGAAGUAAUUAAGUGUAUUCAUAUUAGUUUAUUAUGUGUUCAAGAAAACAAAAAUAUUAGACCUACAAUAGCAGAUGUUGUUUCAUAUCUUGAUGGUCGUCACACGAUUGAAUUUCCAUCUCCACAAGAACCAGCAUAUUUGUUGUUCGACAAGAUGGAUACAAAAAUAGUCUCAGAACACUAUUCUGUUAAUGAGAUGUCCAUCAGUACAUAUUAUGCUCGACUAUCCCUUCACGCGCAUCUGCAUGAUGCCAUCACUCGUUUCUUCGUCUCAGUCAGUGCAGAGAUUUUGCAGCACAUGAGAAUCAUGAUUACCAAGUCCAAAAAUAGUCUAAAACUGUUCCUUUUUUGCACCCUUGUGCUCACCGUUACAGAAACAUCUGCUUCGGUGUUCAACAACGUUAGCUGCUCCAGCAACCACACUUUCACUCCAAACACCACCUUCAAUGCCAACCUCAACACCCUUCUCUCCUACCUUUCCUCCAACGUCACCAACAACUUUAGAUUCUUCAACACAACAUCUGGGGAGGGUUCGGACACCGUCUAUGGCCUCUACAUGUGCCGUGGAGACGUGCCGUUUGCUCUGUGCAGAGAGUGUGUGGGUUUCGCGACCCUAAGCAUAGCCUCGUCGUGUCCCACAUCGAAAGAGGCUGUGAUUUGGUACAACGAGUGUUUGUUGCGCUACUCUUACAGGUUCUUCUUCUCUAAAAUGGAAGAAUGGCCACGGCACCAGGUCAAUAUCCCAUUGGGGGAUCCUGUCGUUUUGCACAGUAAUAAAUUCUACACUGCUUUAGGAUCCAUUUUCGAUGAACUUCCAAAUCAAGCAGCACUGGCUCUCAGAGGGUCCAACCCUUAUGCUGUUAAGCAAGAAAACGCUUCUGCGAGUGUGACCCUGUAUGGCCUCGCUCAGUGCACACCAGACUUGGCCGCCGGAGAUUGCAAACGGUGUAUCGCCGAUGCGGCGGCGGAAUUCGCCGUGUCUUGUUGCGGAGGGAGCAUAGGGGCAAGUGUUCUGUUUCCCAGUUGCAUUGUUAGGUAUGAAACGUAUCCGUUUUAUCAGCAUUCAGGAACCUCCGCGCCAACAACGAUUAAGGGUUCAGGAAAUAUUCGCACUGAAGUGAUUGUGAUAGCCGUUGUCAUGGUUGUCGUUUUGGUAAUCAUUUUUUUCUUUGGCUACUACGGUUUCAACCGCAUUAAAGCGAGAAAGAAAAGCAAGGCCAGUGACGACAGAGAAAACUUUGGGGUAGAAAUCAGUGUCUUGGAGUCCUUGGAAUUUGAUUUUGCUACAAUUGAAGCAGCAACAAACAAGUUUUCUGAAGACCGCAGGAUCGGCAAAGGGGGUUACGGAGAAGUCUACAAGGGAAUCCUUCCUAACGGUGAAGAAGUAGCUGUAAAGAGAUUGUCAACAAAUUCUAAGCAGGGAGCGGAGGAAUUCAAGAAUGAAGUGUUGUUAAUAGCUAAACUUCAACACAAAAAUUUGGUGAGGUUAAUAGGAUUUUGCCAAGAAGACAGAGAGAAAAUACUUAUCUAUGAAUAUGUCCCUAACAAAAGCCUUGAUCACUUUCUAUUUGAUCCCGCAAAACACAGAAUAUUAACUUGGUCAGAGCGGUAUAAAAUCAUUAAAGGAAUUGCAAGAGGAAUUCUUUAUCUUCACGAAGACUCUCGUCUUAAGAUUAUACAUCGUGAUAUCAAACCAAGCAAUGUUCUAUUGGACAAUGACUUCGAUCCAAAAAUCUCUGAUUUUGGCAUGGCAAGGAUGGUAGAUACAAACCAGAUUCAAGGAUGUACGAACAGAGUUGUGGGUACAUACGGUUACAUGCCUCCCGAGUAUGCCAUGCAUGGACACUUUUCUGAAAAGUCUGAUGUAUUCAGUUUUGGAGUUAUGAUUCUUGAGAUUAUCAGUGGAAAGAAGAAUUCUUGUUCUUAUGAAUCAUCUCGUGUUGAUGAUCUCUUGAGUUAUGCAUGGAACAAUUGGAGGGAUGUAUCACCAUUUCAAUUGUUGGAUCCGAGUCUUGUGGAAUCUUACAGUCCAAACGAAGUUGAGAAAUGUAUGCAGAUUGGUUUAUUGUGUGUGCAAGAAAAUCCUGAUGACAGACCAAUAAUAGGAACCAUCGUUUCAUAUCUUAGCAACCCUUCGGUUGAAAUGCCAUUCCCUUUAGAGCCAGCGUUUUUCAUGCAAGGCAGAGUUAGAAGACAUUCAGCUGAACAUCAAUCAUCUUCAGGUUACUCCAUCAAUCAUUCUUUCUCCACCUCUGUAAAUAACAUGUCCACUACCGUAUUCUUCCCUAGAUAGUAUUCUUAUAUCUUAUAUCUAAUUAAACUCAUUACAUAUUUCAGA